AUGGCCACUGUCAUCGAUAUCGACGACAGCUCGGACAUAGAGAUACUGGAUUAUACGGAAGUGAAACCACACAGCCUGAAUAAACAUCAAACAACGGUUCCGUGCCAAAUUAGAGAACCUAUGCGAUGUCAAUUCUGCAAUGAAGACAUAGAGACGAUGGAUGCCCCUCGGCGACAGAGCCACUACGAUGCACACUUUCAUGAUGAAUCUACUCCCUCCUCUUCCACGUCCUCUUCGCGUGCUUCUAGUAACACCAACAUGAAUUCAAGAAAUAAAGAUAGGCCCCCGUCGACGCGAGAACGUUGGAGGAGCGCGCAGGACGAAUUCUGGCAUCCUGCCCGAGAAACUGCGCCUCCACAGAACUACACUCCUGAUCUGGUUCCGAUGUUGAAACGUGCUCUCGUCUCCUCUCACGAACGAGGUUUCACAACACGAGCCGUGCUGUGUUACCCACGCACAGUCCACAUUUACCGCGAAACGUGGGACGCGAGAUGGGGUUGUGGCUAUCGGAACUAUGUGAUGGCAUGUAUAGCACUUAUGGACCAGUCCUCCCAGCCAUCCUACUUUGCGCCACUUAAUACACCCAAGCCACCGGGCGUGCGCAAUCUCCAGGCGCUGCUCGAGGAUGCAUGGAAGCACGGUUAUGACGAAGAAGGUGCAGAACAAUUGAAGCAUAAACUUGUUGGUGCCAACAAGUGGAUCGGGACGGCGGAUCUCUAUGUUGCGUUCACCUAUCGUGGCAUCCCCGUUGAACUCGCGGAUUUCAAUCUCUCCAACAGCGACAUCAAGCCCCUACUCGACUGGGUGAAAGCAUAUUUCACGCCACUAGAGCGGCCUAAGGGCACUGGUGCCACGGUGCACGAUGCUUUGUACAGACGUUCCCCAGUCACUGUGACGGACAAAAUGCCACUUGUGCUACAGCAUGAGGGGCACUCCCGUCUCGUCGUCGGGUACGAGAUCAUGAAGGAUGGUUCGACGAACCUGCUCAUGUUCGAUCCUUCGAAGCGAGUACCGGAUAAUCUUCGUGCGGAGGCGCGUUCUCGCUCCGAGACCGCAGGAGACAUCUCGGGCCACCAUCAUCGUGGGAAGCGGCUCAUGCAGCAGGCACUCCGAUCAUUUCGGCCAUCAGAGAGCAAACGGCGACGUUCGAGCAAGUCCCCGAAGCGCCGAGAACAGAGUCCGUUCAAGCGCAUGCGGGCUGGGCAGGAGCAGGGACAGGACGUCAUCGUCAUCGACGACGAUGACGACGACGAUAACGAUAACUUAGCCAAUGAUGAGAAGGGCGGGCAGAACGAGAGUGGCAGUAGAGGGAAAGUAUCGACAGGGGACACCGUACGCGACUUCAAGGCAACGCUGAAAACUUUCAGGAUCGAGGAAAAGAUGCUCGCAAAGAAAGAGAAGUAUCAGAUCCUGUGGUUUCCCCUCGGACCCCUACUGGACGAGAAGACCAAGCGCGAGAGGCGUGUGGUAACCAGUGAGAGGGUCUGCUGACCCGAAGGCCCGGUGGACACAGGACAAGGCAUGGACAACUACUUCGUUGGCGACGAGGUCUGGCGACAUCAAGGACUUCAUGGGACGAUUACCAGACUAUUAUUUCUCUUCUCGUUAUGCAGUUAUGAGGCGUACCCUACCUAAUUCCUUAUUUCUAUUGCAGAGGAUCUACGUUGUUGCCACGAUAUGCAUUGAGUACUUGAGUUUGACGUGUUUGUGGAUGCCGAGAUGGACUCGUGGACUAAAAAUACAAUUGCAGUAGUAGCAGAAAAUACAAUCUAAUUAACAUGAAGUCAUCACCGCGUCCCCACUCGGCUCGCCCAAUGGCACUACAUCUAAUCCCGCCACCGCACAUCUCAGCGCGCGCUCCCAAGCCUCCUCCACCCUGUAACCGCCCGCCCGCAUGAUGCCUUCCCGAUCCCUCCGCACCGCAUCACUGAACGGAUCGAAGUAGUUGUCGCGCAUCACGUACUUGUCCUCGUACGCGUCCCAGUCGUCCUGCAGCGGGACGUGCGGGACAUCAGGUACCGCCGCGCUCUGCGCUGCGCGCGUGCGUAGGAGGAGC